AUGUCUUCGGGAACGUUUGUGGAUAGAAUUGAUCCGUUCGCCAAGCGUUCGUUGAAGAAAAAGGCUAAGAAAUCGCAAGGCUCCUCACGCUAUCGCAACACGCAGGACGUGGAGCUUCAGGCGCUGCCACUUCUCAAAGAUGUUCCAAGCAGUGAGCAGGAGGAACUGUUUAUUCGUAAAUUGCGCCAAUGCUGUGUAGCAUUUGAUUUCAUGGAUCCAGUAGCUGACCUUAAGGGCAAGGAGAUUAAGCGUGCCACACUCAAUGAGCUUGUGGAAUACAUCACUGGAGGCCGUGGAGUUCUUACUGAGCCUGUAUAUCCAGAAGUUAUUAAAAUGAUAUCGGCCAACCUGUUCCGCACUCUACCGCCAAGUGAAAAUCCCGACUUCGACCCCGAGGAGGACGACCCGACGCUUGAGGCCUCAUGGCCUCAUCUCCAGCUAGUCUACGAAUUCUUCCUACGUUUCCUUGAGUCGACCGACUUCCAGCCAACUAUUGGCAAGAAGGUUAUUGACCAGAAGUUUGUUUUGCAGCUUUUAGACUUAUUUGACUCCGAAGAUCCACGCGAGCGUGACUUCCUGAAAACUGUACUCCACCGCAUUUACGGCAAGUUCUUGGGACUGCGAGCCUUCAUACGAAAACAGAUCAAUAAUAUUUUCUUACGAUUUGUUUAUGAAACUGAGCAUUUCAAUGGUGUUGGAGAACUUCUAGAAAUUUUGGGAAGCAUAAUCAACGGUUUCGCUCUGCCGCUAAAGAGCGAGCACAAGCAGUUCCUGGUGAAGGUGCUACUGCCACUGCACAAGGUGAAGUGCCUCUCACUGUACCACGCGCAGCUCGCUUACUGCGUGGUCCAGUUCCUCGAGAAGGAUGCCACGCUUACCGAGCCUGUGGUGCGCGGUCUGCUCAAAUUCUGGCCCAAGACCUGCUCACAGAAGGAGGUCAUGUUUUUGGGUGAGAUUGAGGAGAUAUUAGAUGUCAUUGAACCAGCUCAAUUUGCCAAAAUACAAGAACCAUUAUUUAGACAAAUUGCAAAAUGUGUAUCCAGUCCACAUUUUCAGGUGGCUGAGAGGGCAUUAUACUUUUGGAACAACGAAUAUAUCCUAUCAUUAAUGGAGGAGAACAAUCAAGUAAUUAUGCCGAUAAUGUUCCCUGCAUUGUAUCGGAUUAGCAAGGAGCACUGGAACCAGACGAUUGUGGCGCUUGUCUACAAUGUGCUUAAGACUUUCAUGGAGAUGAACUCGAAGCUAUUUGAUGAGCUCACUGCCAGCUAUAAGGCAGAACGGCAAAAAGAGAAGAAACGCGAAAAAGAGCGUGAUGAGCUGUGGAAAAAGCUAGGGGAGCUUGAAAUCAGUCACAAGCGACAACAAGCCGGUGCCGUCGCCAAGUGA